UAUGAAAACAGCUGAGAAGUGAAAACUUGGGAAUCUCCCAUCUUCACUGUGUAAAGCUUCUGAAAGCCAAAACUGGCAUUGGUUUUUUCCCCUUCCCCAAAUCCUCCGUCCCUGAAAAUGGAUUCCCACCUGAAAAAAUACGCGCUCCUUUCCUACGUUUUGUCCCGCCUCCCUUCCAUCUCAUCCUCCAAACCUCACUACGAUCCUCUCGUCGACCUCGAACAACCACCGCCGACCGACACCUCCUUCUGCGCCAAUCUGCCCUCAAUCGUUGAAGAGAUGCCCAGCCUUUCCAAUCCCAAAGUCAUCGCUGCCAUGACCCAUGCUAUCUUCGACGUCGCCGAAACCCGCUCCGUUCUCCAGACCCUCGGCCCACGACCUGACCACGAAUCCGUCGACAUGGCUCGCUCCAAGCUCGCAGAGAUCGAGUGUGGCCUUUCCGAAUCCCUGGGAGAACUGGUCCUCUCUCCUCGACCCGCCGAGGUGCAUCAAGCCGAGUGGCGCGCCAACUUGGCCGAGAAAGAGCAACAGAUUCGACAAGAAGCCGAAAAAGAAAAAUCUAUGCACAAAUCGAUAUUGCAAUUGGACGAAAUGCACGAGGCGUACGGCAAGCUUGUGAAGCAAGCGGAGGAGAGGCUGGUUAUGAUUUAUGAGAAGGCGGGAGAAGUGGAGGAGAAUUUGGAGCAAAUUGAGGACACCAAUCCGGAGGUUGUUGGGAUACUGGAGGAAGUUCAAGGGAAAGGAUUAGAAAGAGUUGAUUUGUGUGGAAGGAAGCUCAGGUUUUUGCCUGAAGCCUUUGGGAAGAUUAGUGGUUUGCUUUCCCUUAAUCUUUCCGGUAAUCAGCUUGAGGUUAUUCCUGACUCGCUUGCUGGAUUACAAAAACUUGAGGAGCUUAAUGUUUCCUCGAAUCUUCUGCAGUCUAUGCCAGAUUCAAUUGGAUUGCUUCCAAACUUGAAAAUAUUGGAUGUCUCGGGAAAUAAAUUGAAUGCCUUACCUGAUUCCAUUUGUCAAUGCAGGUCUUUGAUAGAGUUGGAUGUGAGCUUCAACUCCCUCUUGUACUUGCCAACUAAACUUGGGAAUGAAUUGGGGAAUCUACAAAGGCUGUCAGUUUAUUUGAACAAACUCCGGUCCCUUCCGACUUCUAUUUGUAAGAUGAGGUCUUUGCGUUUUCUGGAUGCCCACUUCAAUGAACUCCGUGGUCUUCCUGAUGAAAUUGGGAGAUUGACAAAUCUUGAGGUACUCAACGUGAGGUGCAAUUUCUCUGAUAUGACAGAACUUCCUGAGUCACUUGGUGAAUUGAUCAAUCUUAAAGAGCUUGAUAUCAGUAACAACCAAAUCAAUGCUCUUCCUGAUUCAUUUGGCCGGCUCGACAAGCUGACGAAACUGAAUUUGGAUCAAAAUCCUCUUGUUGCUCCACCUAAGGAAAUAGUAAAGCAAGGGGUUGAUGCUGUGAAGAUUUUCAUGGCUAAUAGGUGGGCUGACAAACUUGCUGAGGAAGAAAGAAAGAUCAUGAUGGAAGUAAAUGAAGUGCAAGAGACUGGGUGGUUGACACGCGGUGCCUCUUUCUUGAAGAGCUAUGCUUCCAUUGUCGGUGGGACUGUAUCAGGGUACAUUGGACCUGCUGCUCCCAGGGACCCGGUUCUGGAUGAGGAGCGAUGAUUUCAGUCACCUUCGAUUUGCUGCCAAUUUCAGAAAAUAAAUUGUGAAGAACCUCGAUAUAUUAUCGGGGUACCUUGGAGCUCCUCCUCCUCGGGACCAGAACCUACUAUGGAUGAGGAGGGAUGAUUUCAGUUCACCUUCAAGUUUCUGUCAAUUCCAAUUAUUCGAGCUUCAACAAUUCCAGCAUUAGGCCAGGGUUGAAAAUCUAACAGAUUGGGUUCUUGUUUGAUAUUUGAGAUUCUGGAUUGCAAGAAAAUAAAUUGGAAAGAACCGUGUUAUG